GCGGUAGAUAGAAGUAGCAUACAAUAUUCGUCGACGCAAGCGCACGUGUGCCUGUAGUCCAAACAAUACUUUUGUCGUUAGUAGUGGCUGUUAUAAUAUUAGUAGAAUUCGUAUCGUCAUCUCUGCCGGAUACACGAUCAGCAGCACUGUUAGUACCUAGUACAAACGUCAUUAAAAGUAUCGUUUGAAAUUAUUUGAAUUUUAUGAUGAAUAAAACGUUUGUAAUUUUCUACCAAUAUCGUGUUAGUAUAGAAUUAUAGAUUUUUCUUUUGAAUCGUUUCAUGCAGGCGCGAACACCGAUUGCAGCGCUUGAUGUGGAACAAGUGGCAGUACGAUAUCGUCAUUGCUCGUCAACGAUAGUCACUGUUCGUCAGGGUGCAUUUACUUGGUGCCUUUAAGAUGUGCCGUUAUAUGAUAGUGCACGAUGUCUUAUCUUUUUGACCGAAUGAUACUCGUGCUUAAAACAGAGAGUAUGACGUGGCGCGGUUUAACCGAGCCAAGAGAAGAGGACAGACGUAGGUACGGAUGAAGCACAAGAAGAGUAACGAGGACGAGGAGGAGGAGGAAGAAGAAGAAGAAGACGGAGAAGCGAACGGUGGAGAAGAAGGAGAAGAAGAAGAAGAAGAAGAAAAAGAGGAAGGAAACAAAAGAAAAGUGAUUCAUCUGGUACUUGAAGAUCCUGAUAUUUUAUCAUCAGCCAAUGUAUUAAUAUCAUCAUCAUCGUCGUCAUCAUCGUCGUCGUCGUCGUCGUCGUCGUCGUCGGCUAAUCGAUACAUUUGAUGCUGAGCGAAAAGAGAUACGAAGACGACUCAACACUGGCGGACGGGGAACGUAAUGGAAGCGCCGUGGUCACGGGCCCGGUGCUAUCGUCGUCGUCGUCGUGCACGGUGCCCUACAUCGGCACCGACCAGGGUUUCGUGUUCGAGGGUGGCGGCACGACGACGUUGCAGCGGGCUGGUGCAGUCGGUACAUCUGUCACUAGCUGCACCGGUGGAGGAGGAGGAGGAGGAAUUGGAACCGGAAUUCUUGGUAUCGGUUCAGGUAACGUUGGUUUAGGGAUUAACAUGGGCGGUGGAAUGACCGGAGGUGGGAUUGCCAUUGUUGGCGGAGGAAAAAUUGGCGGAGGAGGAGGAGGAGGUGGAUUGAACAAAGAAGUACGUUACGCACCUUUCUCAUCAUCCAUAGGACCAACGGGUUCUAUGGGGCCGGUUAAUCUUCCGCCAUCACCUUUGCCACCGCCUUUGCCACCGCCAUUGCCACCACCGCCGCCGCCGCCGCCGCCACCGCCGCCGCCGCCCUUGCCGCUACAGAUGCAGCAGCAACGUGCCUAUUCGAGGUCGAUGACGUCCCUACCGCCUGAGCCGUUCAUGAUCAUGAGAUCUAAAGCUCUUAAUCGACGGGUAUCGAUCAACGUCGGUGGUGUCAAGCACGAGGUACUAUGGCGUACCCUUGAAAGAUUACCCCACACACGUUUGGGACGAUUGAAAGAUUGCAACACGCACGAGGCGAUCACCGAACUAUGCGAUGAUUAUUCUCUAAUCGAUAACGAAUAUUUUUUUGAUCGACACCCGAAAUCAUUUAGCUCUAUAUUGAAUUUCUAUCGUACCGGGAAGCUACAUCUUGUAGACGAGAUGUGCGUGUUGGCGUUCAGUGACGAUCUCGAGUACUGGGGUGUCGACGAGCUUUAUCUGGAAAGUUGUUGCCAACACAAGUAUCAUCAACGAAAGGAACACGUGCACGAGGAGAUGCGCAAAGAGGCGGAAUCGUUGAGACAAAGGGAAGAGGAGGAGUUCGGUGAAGGACAGUGCGCGCAAUAUCAGAAGUGGCUUUGGGAUUUAUUGGAGAAACCGACCACCUCCAUCGCUGCAAGGGUGAUAGCUGUGAUAUCAAUACUCUUUAUUGUGCUUUCGACGAUCGCACUAACUCUCAACACCAUUCCUAGUAUGCAAGUGAAUGAUGAGAAGGGGAACUUUCAAGACAAUCCGCAGCUCGCCAUGGUGGAGGCAGUAUGCAUCACAUGGUUUACACUCGAGUACGUGCUUAGGUUCAGUGCGUCGCCGGACAAGUGGAAAUUCUUCAAGGGCGGUCUAAACGUGAUCGACCUGUUGGCAAUACUGCCGUACUACGUAUCUCUGUUCCUGGUCGAGACGAACAAGAACGCGACCGACCAGUUCCAGGACGUGCGCAGGGUAGUGCAAAUCUUUCGUAUAAUGCGGAUCCUGAGGAUCCUGAAGCUGGCCCGCCACUCGACCGGGCUGCAGAGCCUUGGCUUCACAUUACGUAAUUCGUAUAAGGAGCUGGGCCUGCUGAUGCUCUUCCUGGCGAUGGGCGUCCUCAUAUUCUCGAGUCUCGCUUACUUCGCUGAAAAGGAGGAGCCCGGGACCAAAUUCAUAAGCAUUCCUGAAACAUUCUGGUGGGCGGGCAUCACAAUGACCACCGUCGGAUACGGCGACAUCUACCCCACGACCCCGCUCGGCAAGGUGAUCGGCAGUGUGUGUUGUAUAUGUGGUGUCCUGGUAAUCGCGUUGCCCAUUCCCAUUAUCGUUAACAACUUUGCCGAGUUCUACAAGAAUCAGAUGAGACGGGAGAAAGCCCUUAAGAGGCGGGAGGCUCUCGAGAGGGCUAAAAGAGAGGGCAGCAUCGUAUCCUUUCAUCACAUUAAUCUGAGGGACGCCUUCGCCAAAAGCAUGGAUCUCAUCGAUGUCAUCGUCGAUACUGGUCACAAUAUGUCCGGCGUGGAUGGUAACAGCACCGAGGGAGAAUCCGCUUGCGGACGUGGUCCUGCCCAAACCGGGCCAGGCUGUUAUCGUAACUAUGAGCAUUACAGUCUCUCACGACAUCGUCGCAGUGCCUCGUCCUGCUUCCCAAAUUUGCCUAACGACCUACCCACUACACCGGACAGUCCUAAUCGUCGUCUAUUGGACUUCGCUCAAAGCGUGCCUGGAACACAGAACGACGAAUACUUCCAGGACGAUGCACCGGCGCAGCAUGUGAAUCAAGGCAAUACUACACCUAGCGAUGAAGAGAAAAAAGACAGCAGAAAAUUCGAGAAAAAUGAUGAAAUACCUAGCGAAUUCGAGUGUUGCUUUUGUACUACGAAGGAAUACAAAGACUUCAGAGACGCGGAAAAUAUAAUGCCACUGGCGACCAGCGACUUUCGUAAUCCCAUCUGCCAAGAGAUGAAGGCGAUGAGAUCCGCUGCAGCAGCUGAGCAAGCUGCUCAGACAAUUUUCAACGAGACCAAGGUAUCUCCACCUCAAGCAGUGGACAUCUCGUGCUACGGAAGGAUAUAUAACGAACAAGGAAGCGUAGACAGCUCUGAUACGUAUGCCAGCUGUCAAACACAUCCGUCUCAUUCGCAGGGUGAUUUAACCGAGGAGGUGGACAGCAAUCUAUACGUAAACCCUCUGGAAGCUGCGGAGAAGUGUGGGAAUAACAGGGUAAAGAAAUCUGCUUCUGGUGAUGUCGGCCGUAACGUCACCGACGCUUCACCAAGCGUCGAAUCUUUAAAGGAUAUCCGCCCUUUGAACGAGGGUAGCAAGGUUACCUUGAACGACGCAGUACCCAAGCAUAGGAAGAUCCGUAUUCAACAGAGCGUAAGAUCGCGUGCACAAUUUAUCAGCGACCAGGAGAGCAUGAUGAUUCGUAAUAUCAUGAAAGAAGGCAUCGCGGAGAACAAUUACUACGGAGGACUCCGUGGAGGUAGACCAUUUGCAACGACCAAUAGCGGUCUGGUAUCAGCUACGAAAAUUCUAAACCAUCAUCUCUUUGGAACUGGCACUGGACCCAGACAUUACACAGGUCAACGAAGGCAAAUUUCAGGAACGAACACCGAAAGCAAACUUUCCUUGUCCGCUGAUUCAAUCGACAGCGAGAGUGUGUCUUUCAUAGACAAGAAAGUAUCGAAAUCGAUUCUAAAAAAGUCCGAAAGCAGCAAUAAUUAUUAUAACAACGCUGACGAUUCAGACACGGAGAAAUUAAUUACCGAUAACGCGUCAACGAUAACGAUGUGCGACAACGAGACCAACACCUGCGACAUUUUCACCAACGUGAACGGAACGAGACUGAAACAACCUAUUUCACCGUUGCUCUCUAAACAAGUACUCGAGUCUAUCUUUCGUACGAACAAUAACAUCGACAAAGAGAAUGAAGUGGAUCAGAGCGAAGAGAAGAACCGUGUCUCAAAGAUGAGCAGGUCGAUAUUCGAUGACGUCCUUCAAGAAGAAAAGCACGCACAAGACGAGACAAUGACUGAGAAUAAGAACAAAGAAGAGAGGAGAAAAUCAAAAACAAAAACGGAAGAGGUAUCAAAGGACAAUCAAACGAUGCUAAUAUGCUCGUUACGUCCGUACAAAGCAAAGAAAUUAAGCUCCGAUGAAAAACGAAAAGCCAAAAGUACCGGCCACACUGGCACAACCACCACCGACACCAAUUGUCUUCCUCAGGAACACCGUUUCUCGUCGUAGCGUAACUUUUUUUCUUUCUUCUUCGUCCUAGCAUCCUCCAAUGUCCACGCAUGUAGAUACAAUCGCAUCGCGGUAUUGUCUUCUCUUUUAUAAAACACCAUUCUGUUGUCUCUUCGUAAUAAAAUCAUAAUGUCCAUUGGGGCUGAGAUGUCUGUAUUCGGAUGCAAUGUUUAUCCAGUAAGUAUGCCGUGUAAAUAUAAGGGAGAAAAACAAAAGCAACAAACGCGUAUAAUUUUAAGACGGUGAUAUAUAGACGUUAAAUAAUUAAAUUUAAUAAAACGAUAUACGCAACGUGAAGAGAUACGUAUUUUCGGAAAGAAACUAGGAUUACGAAACGCCUAUAAUUACACUGUACUUACAGUGUUCUCAAGAGAAACAAAUCGAACUAAUAAUAAGAGAAGUAUGUCGGAUAAGAGAAAAUUAUUCAAGAAACCUGCAACCCCAAUUAUAAUAAAACAGCGACAAAAUUAUAGACUACACUUUAUCAAUUUCAACGAUCUUGAUACAUAUUAUAGUGAUUGAUUAAUCUCCUGAGAAAUUUUAUGUAUACGUAUAAACAUUAUUUACUAUAAAAGAAUUUUCAAUUUUCCAUAUGACCAAAGGGUCGCUUAUGGGUUCCCUUAAGAGCACAAUGAUGCUAGUCAAAAAUUACAGAUAUAAGCAUAAUGCAAAUGAUAAUAACGAUGAAGAUGAUAACAUGAAAGAUUCUAUGAUGACGUGGAUGCUGAUAUUGAUGAUAAUGAUGAGACGAUGACGACGACGACGACGAUGAUGAUGAUAAUAAUAGCAAAUAAUGAAUCUUUAGGCAAUAUGCUUUACUCGUUUGCUGAGAAAGAGACAUAAAUUAUAAAUAAUCUAGCCAUACAGCACUGUUACUUCCUCCUUACGCCUAAUCUUGUCAAAUUAGGACAGCUUUGCGUGUCGCGAAAAGUACAUACAUGGCAUACAAAUAGCAUAGUAAACAAGCGAUCAGUUUACAUCGAUUAAACAUCAUUGUCGAGAAACGAAGCGUUUACAAAAUUAAUCAGCACAGUUAGUCUUUCGAUUAUGUAUUGUUCAAAAUGACAGUGUUCGUUCGUCUGCUAAUUGUAAAUGUUUUACUAUACAAUUAGAGAGGAUAUAAUAGGACACGCGAAGCCUCGUUGAAAUCAAAUUAAACAACGUGUUUAGAACAACGUGAGAACGUAGAUAAUUAAAAACUCGACGAUAACUGCCCCUUUCUCAAGUUCCGAUUUUAAUAUCAAGCAACUAAUAAUUUUCUCUUCGCUAUAUUAAAAAGAUGCCAGUGUAAUUUUUUUUUUUUAUUUUUCAUCCUUUCUUUGUACUUAUUUAUAGAUCAGUUUACAUUAAACGUUUAUCGAAUGGAUAAACAUAAUUCUAUUUUUAUAAAAUUGAUCGAGCGGAUUUCUUUCUUUUUAUUUUAAAUAACGCGGAACGUUACUUUUUAAGAGAGUCCUAUCUACGUGAUCACAUUUUUCCAUACACUAAAUACAUAAGUACUUUAUAUCAGAGUGGAUAAGAUUUUUAGAAGUCGAAUGCGUUUACAUGCACAACAACGUAUGCAAGAUUCAGUUGAAUCGUUUUUAAGAGUUGAAAGCGUAUUUUCGCGAAUGUUUAGAUAUUAAGAGAAAAACGUGUUAACAUGCUCACGUAGUGUAGAGAAAAAGAUAAAGCGUAAAUAUCAUUCGUAUUAUAACGAUCGUCUAGCCACGGUAUUCGUUAUGUUUUUCCAAGAAAAUUUUGCAUCGAUAUUUUAACGAAUAUUUUAAAAUAUUCUAACCAAUAUUUUAUGAAAAUAUUGAAAUCAAUUAUAACUUCGCCGAAAAUUUAAAUAUAUAAUUACAAUGCGUGCUCAAAAAUUCGGUCAUCUCUUUUUUUUCUUUUUUCUUUUUAUACAAGAAUCGUUUUAUAAUUUUAGUUGGGAGAAUACAUAAACUUCCUUUAAAUUUCAAUGGUAUUUAUAAUAAAGAUGUCCUCUUACGUUUUUAGAUGAACCCUCAGUAAAAUACAUAUCUGUAAUGGCAUUUCUAUUCAUUGUUAUCGUAGUUGUAGGAAAACGAAUAAUUGUACAGUUACUGAUUAAACAGAAAGAAAAUGGUAUAUAUAAAUAUUACCUGUCGAUGCAACUGUUUGGAAAUUAUUGUUACGCUGGACGUUCAUGCCUGAAAUAAUUUUUAACAUAUUAUCAUCAUUUUAACGUAGAACUACAUAGGUAUUCCAGACACUGGUAAUAUUUCAUAAAAUGCAAAAAUUAUUUCAGAUUAACGGUAUAAAAUUUUACGUUUACCUAAAAAUAUUAAAGUAAACGUCUUGUUACAUGUAACAUAUAAUAAUUGUUUCAUAUUGUUAUCAUGUUAUAUUGUUCGUGGUAUGUUAUGGCCAUCGUUAUAAUUUAGCUUUAUAAAAUUGUUCACCUCUCAAUGUUAUCAUGUUUUAAUACCUGUUAUUCAAAGAUGGAUCUUGAUACCUGAUAGUUGCUUGGAAUUUCUAAGUAAAUCAAUGUCUUCUAUGAACUAACAAAGUUAGAAGUAGAAAGUUCCUAGGAAAAUGUACAGAACGUAAUUUAUUAUUUAUUGUUAUAGUUAUAUAUUAGCUGAAUUAGUAUUGAAAUAGUACAAAGAAAGCCAUUGCAUAGACGUAUGUCGUAUUGAAUGAGUUCAUCAGUUCGCAAGGAUAGCAGUGGAAAAGAUUUCAAUGAAUUGUACAGUUUUUAAAUUUUGUUAGAAGAGUAUUAAACAAAAAAGACCUGUUUUCUUGUUGAUUUCAUAUUUUAAACGAUAUACAAGCCUGAAAAUCGAAUAACUUUUUACCUAUUCUUUUUUGUUAAAUGAUUCAAUAGUUACAAACAUCCAAUUAAAAGUUUUCAAAUCUUUUUAAUCGGACAACAAUUUUCAUAUACAUCUUCAAAGUUUGGAUUUAACAAAUAUUUACUUGGAAAAAAAUAAAAUUAAUAAUUUUAUUAUAUAUACAUUUAUUGUAUACAGUCAAUUUUCAAUAAUACAAUGCAGUUAUAUGAGAGGUUGUUUAUCACAUUAUCAAACUGCUACUGAGAUUAAUUAAUCAAAAUUUGUCAUCUGUUACACACGUUUCAUUUUAUUUCUACAUCAUUAAGGCCUACAUUUGUAAUUGUAAAAGGAGUAGGUAAUAUGUAAAAAUAAAUAAAGUUGUAACUUGUCAGUUUUUCUUGCUUA